GUCUGGGCUCAUCUUCUACCGCAAGGGCGUGCACAGGGUGGACAAGAAGACUGGCAAGGAGACGCACUACGACCUGGAGGACAGGAUCAACUUUGCGGUGUUCCCGUCGCUGCAGGGCGGCCCGCACAACCACGCCAUCGCAGCCGUGGCCGUGGCCCUCAAGCAGGCCAGCUCGCCCGCUUUCCGCCAGUACUGCGAGCAAGUGCUGAGGAACGCCAAGGCCAUGGCGCAGGCGCUGCUGCAGCGCGGGUACAAGCUCGUGUCAGGGGGAACCGAUAACCACCUGGUGCUGGUGGACCUGCGGCCCAAGGGCAUCGACGGCGCGCGGGCUGAGCGCGUACUGGAGCUCGUCUCCAUCACGGCCAACAAGAACACGUGUCCAGGGGACAGGAGCGCCCUCACGCCGGGGGGGCUGCGCCUGGGUGCCCCUGCGCUGCCCUCCCGCCACUUCCAGGAGGAUGAUUUCCAUAAGGUGGUGGCCUUCAUCGACGAGGGCAUCGCGCUGGCUCUGGACGUCAAGAGCAAGACGAGCAAGCUGCAGGACUUCAAGAACUUCCUGCUGCAGGAUGCUGAGACGCAGCGGCGCAUGGCCGACCUGCGCCAGCGCGUGGAGACCUUCGCACGCGCCUUCCCCAUGCCCGGCUUCAGCGACCGCUGAGCUGGGCGCUUCUGCCCCCC